AUGGUAGACAACUCCCUGCCGGGCUGGGACAAGGGCCUCCAACCCCUCAACGCCCUUGGAGUUUUCUACGUGGGUUUCGACAUCGUCUGGACUCUCCUCGUGCUCUGGGGCCUCAUCGGGCUUUGGUGUAAUAAGACAGUUCCCUCUGUCCGUAUGCGCAAUGUGCCCCUGGCUACCUGUUCGGUCAUCUUCUUGCAUGGAUAUGGGGGAUUCUACAUACUUGCCUAUCCUCUCAAAGGGGCUAUCUCUUGUGGCCUCGAGUUCUGGUUUAUGUGUGGAGUACUACCCAUUGGAAUUGCUCUGUUCCAGGCUUCUAACAUCCAACUGCUGAACGUGGCAACUCUCCAGCAGCGUUUCCUCAAAGAUGAUGGCACCACCAACGAUCCCACGCCAGAGGAAAUUCGCUGUCCAUUCAACAAAUUCAAGUGUUGGUGGACACAUCUGACCUGGGCUAAGCAGACCAUGUUUGGAAUUGGGUUCGGGAUGUUUCUUGAGCUCGCUUCAUCUCUACUCAUCUACAUAGGGUCCCGAAAAUUCAAUUCGCAUGGGCUGUGGUCGAAGUAUGAGAAUCGUUUGCAGUGUAGACAAGGCACUGAAUGGCUUCCAACCAUCAUCUGGCAGUUCUUUUGGUCUUGGAUAUUUGCACCUUGUGUAUUAUUUAAGAUCCGGAAUAUCAAAGAUGUCCAUUGUUGGCGUUUGCAGACAUCACUUUGCAUCGUUGCUGGAUUAAUUGCUCUUCCAAUGUGGCUCGGGUCUCUGUAUUCUCCGAACCUUUCAUACCGUCAAAUGAACACUUAUUGGGGCCCGCCGCUGUGGUUUCUACCUGGUAUCAUGAUGAUGGAGCUCGCAACACUUUUUUUCCCAUUUUACGAGGUCAUGUUUAUACGGAAGAUUCAAGCCCGUGCCUCACAAACAAUGGGAGAUUUUGAAGUUCUCCGAAGCUCCAGCUCUCUCUCGAAAAACAAUAAUCGCGACUACAGCCUCGCAGCACUAGAAAAGGUUCUAGACAGCGACUCCCCGCGCUUCCUCCACUUCGCCGCUACCCACGAUUUCUCCGGCGAGAACAUCAUGUUCCUCAACCACGUUCGAGACUGGAAAGCAGCCUGGGGCCGAUCUCCAGCAAACCUGAAGCUCAAAAAGCCAAAUGCGGACGAAAUGGAAAGCUAUCGACGCCACUUAUACAAUGUCGCGAUCGAAAUCUACGUCACGUAUGUCCACCUCUUUGGAGCAGAAUUCCCCAUUAAUAUCGAGUCAGAUAUCUACCGCGACCUGAAAAAUGUCUUUAUGCCUGCAGCUAUGACACUCAUGAAGCUUCCUAAGCGCAAACCCAGCCAAAGCGGUAUCUGCCCUGUAACCAGCGACAUCGAAGCAACCGCAGGCAGUUUUCUCGUCCAGUUACCCCACGACAACGACCAAAACGAGCAAAAAACCCCUGCACAAGAAUACGAAGACAUCUUGUACCGUGGGCAUCAGAAUAUUAUCAAUAUGGUGCCCCGCUUACCUCCGAAUACACUCAUACCUGAUUCCUUCAACGAGAACGUUUACGACAGAGCGGCUGCCUCGGUCAAGAUACUGGUUCUACGUAAUACGUGGCCCAAAUUCGUUGACCAUGAAGCUUCGAUUCGUAAGCGGGAGACAAAGAAAGAUCUCUACACACGUAUCGCUAUGUGUUUCCAUGGGCGGGAGGCACCAGGUAUAAAAAAUUAA